CUUUUCCUUGCCCUGUAUUUAAACAGACAAAUCCUAGUACUACUGCUGCGCACCUUGUUCUCAUUUCUCAACCUUCUUCAAAGGACAACAUUAUUAUUAUAAAUGAAAGAAAGAAGUGAAGGGAACAAAGGGAAGAAAGGACGAAAAGGGGAGAUGGAAGAGACAAAGUCCAGGUUUACUAGGAUUUGUGUGUUUUGUGGGAGCAGUUCUGGGAAGAAAGCUAGCUACCAAGAAGCUGCUGUGGAGUUAGGCAAAGAACUGGUGGAGAGAAGGAUUGAUUUGGUCUAUGGAGGUGGAACCGUGGGAUUGAUGGGUCUUGUUUCUCAGGCAGUUCAUGAUGGUGGGCGCCAUGUUCUAGGUGUUAUUCCUAGGACCCUGAUGCCUAGAGAGAUUAUUGGUGAGACUGUUGGAGAAGUAAGAGCUGUAUCUGAUAUGCACCAAAGGAAAGCUGAAAUGGCUCGACAGGCCGAUGCCUUCAUUGCACUCCCUGGUGGCUAUGGCACCCUUGAAGAACUACUGGAAGUCAUUACAUGGGCUCAGCUUGGAAUCCAUUGUAAACCUGUGGGCCUCUUGAAUGUGGAUGGAUAUUACAAUUCUUUGUUGUCUUUCAUUGAUAAGGCUGUUGAUGAAGGCUUCAUUUCACCGGCCGCACGUCGUAUUAUCGUAUCCGCCCCAACAGCUAAACAAUUGGUCAGACAACUAGAGGAAUAUGUUCCCGAGCACGAUGAAAUAGCAUCAAAAUUAGUAUGGGAUGAAGUGGAUAGAUCACUCAGCUAUGUGCCGGAAUCCGGGUUUGCCACAUGAUAUAUCGCUUGGUUAUGUAUAUUUCCUGCUGGGGGCUUUUGCCUACGAAGUAUAUAAAGUGGUAUAUACUGUCGCAAUACCGUACAACCAUGAGAGCACAGGGGCUUCUUGGGGGCAUUUUGGAAAUUGGCCAGCCAGCACAACUCUCACAAAAAAGCCUGAUAUAUACUUGUCCAUAAAGAAAAGACGUAGUGUCGUUGUCCCCCUUUGUGAAACCGUGAAGAAAUUAUCAAUUCAAAACUAGUUUUGUUUACAACCAUUAAUUCUUUAAGCUUCUCUCAAUAUAUAGUUAUUAUCUAAGAAAAAAUGAAUGGUUUUUGUAUGUUCCGUGCAAAAAUGAGUAAAUGAUGGACUGACUUGAAGAUUCCUUGUAUUUAAUAUAUUUAUUGCUUGACUUUAAGGGCAAUUGAUGGACAAAG